CGCCGCCCCGCCCCGCCCCUCCCCCUCCCCCUCGCCCGCCGCCGCCGGGGCGGAGGGUGCGCGAGGCCCGGCCCGGCCCGCUCCGUGCGGCCCCGCUCCGGCACGGCCCGGCCCGCCACGGCGCCGCCCGCUGCCCGGUGACGGCGGGCGGCGCUGCCGCGCAUGGCGAGCCGCGGCCGGGCCGCGCGGCGGAGCGGCGGGCGGCGCUGACCGGCCCCGGCCCCGGGCCCGGGCCCGGGCCCUCCGCGCCGCGAGAUCCCAGCCUGUCCCGUGCUAUGUGCGUUCGGCGUGACUUCUCCACGAGCAUUUGCAAAUGAAAAUGGAGGAUAUGUCUUUGUCUGGCCUGGAUAACAGCAAACUGGAGGCCAUCGCGCACGAGAUCUACACGGACCUGGUCGAAGAUGCCUGCCUGGGCCUCUGCUUCGAAGUCCACCGGGCGGUCAAGUGUGGCUACUUCUUCCUGGACGACACGGACCCCGACAGCAUGAAGGACUUCGAAAUCGUGGACCAGCCUGGCGUGGACAUCUUUGGGCAGGUCUACAACCAGUGGAAGAACAAGGAGUGUGUUUGCCCCAACUGCAGCCGCAGCAUCGCCGCGUCCCGCUUUGCCCCCCACCUGGAGAAGUGCCUGGGCAUGGGCCGCAACAGCAGCCGCAUCGCCAACCGGAGGAUCGCGAGCAGCAACAACAUGAACAAGUCAGAGAGCGACCAGGAGGACAACGAUGACAUAAACGACAAUGACUGGUCCUACGGCUCCGAGAAGAAAGCAAAGAAGAGGAAAUCGGAUAAGAACCCCAACUCGCCCCGCAGGUCCAAAUCCCUGAAACACAAGAAUGAGCUGGCGGCGGGGCCGGAGGCCGGUGGCCCCUCGGAGGAGGCGCGGCGGGCCGGGGCCGCAGGACGUGGGCCGCGGGCGGGGGACCGUCCUCACCCGCCCUCUCUUCCAGGCGAGCUCAGCGGGAACCCCGAUCCCUUCAAGUACAGCAACUCGGCAGGGAUCAACUACGAGACGCUGGGCCCCGAGGAGCUCCGGACGCUGCUCACCACGCAAUGCGGGGUCAUCUCCGAACACACCAAGAAGAUGUGCACCAGGUCCCUGCGGUGUCCCCAGCACACGGAUGAGCAGCGGAGGUCGGUCCGGGUUUACCUCCUCGGUCCCUCUGCGUCCCUCCCCGAGGCGGAGGGCAGCGUGGAGAACGACAGCUUCGACGUGGCCGAGAGCCAGGCCAUCAUGAGCCGGCUCCAGUGGGACGGCUCCUCCGACAUCUCGCCCUCCGACUCUGCCUCCUCGAAAGCAAGUACAAACAACUCGGAGUCUCGCAAGACUAAGAAGAAAAAGCCCCACCUGGGGCUGGUGAGCGGCGCCCCGGGGCUCGGCUCCAGCAAGAAGAAGAAGCCGAAGCCGCCCGCGCCCCACACCCCCAGCAUCUACGACGACAUCAACUGAGCGCAGCGGAGCACGCCGUGCCGGUGGGGGACGGCCGGAGGGACGGACGGACGGACAGACGGCCGGGGCAGCCCCUCCUGCCCCGCGCACCCCGGCUGGGGCAGCCCCGCGACUCGGACACGAGCGGGUACCCGGGGCGCGGAGGAUGGAGGACUUGGCCAUGGCCGCGGGGGGUGGCAGGGCCUUGGGGAGGGGGGGCUGGAUGUGGCGCUCCCUGUUAACGCCCCCCCGCUUCCCUCCCGGUGCCUCUAUUUAUUCUGUGACAUAGUUUUUGUAUGUGGGUCUGAUCAGGGCUCUAAGGGGGGGCAUCUCGCUCGGAGCCGGGGGCGCAGCCCCCCUUCCCUUUGCACCACCUACCCAAAAACCGGCUGCUGCUGCCUCCCGCGCUCACCCCUCCAGGGCCCCCUCACCCCCAGCGGGGGGGGAGCUGGGGCAGGUUUGGGGGGAGCUGGGGCAAGUUCGGGUCUCCGGGACGGGCACAGACCCGGCUGCUGGGGUGGGCGUUGGGGGCAGGUCGCCUCCUGCCCCAUCAGUUGGGGGUCGGUGCCUGGCCCAGAGCUGGUCCCCGAUCCGUGCCCCGGGCUGGCGCUCGCUGGUCGGGCCGGCUCAGGGUGGGCUGAGCGCGUUGGGGGGGGCUUUUCCUCGCCCAGAGCAGACGAGUGGGGCCCCCCCACCCCGAAUCCGCUGUAACGAGCUGGGUUCGGCUGCUGGCGGGCGUUGGGGCCUGGCCGAGGGUCCUGGGGGGGCUGCAUGCUGCAACCUUUGGGGUAGUUCCUUUGUGUUUGGGGCUGUUCGGGGAGGGGGCACCUGGGGCUGUGUCUGGUCGGGGAGGGCUGCUCUGGCCAGCCCUGCUCCCAGCCGGCCCCUUUUGGGGAAGGGUGACCCCGAUCUGCCGGGGGUGCCCGGUUAGGCUGGAAGACGUCCCGUACCCCAGCCCGUCCGCAGAGCGACGGGGGGGAGCGCAGCCCAGCUUCGAGGCUGAGUUCUCCCCUCUCCUCGUACUCAGGCUGGUGGCCCCGGCGCGGGUCUGCGUCCCCGUCCCCGUCCACCCGGGGACCUGCAGUCAGGGCGGGGGGUCCUUCGGGUGGUGGCUGCUGCUCUCGCUGUCGUUAGUCCCUCCGCGUGGCCCCCGGCCUCGGGGCUCGGGCUGCCCACAGGGACGGGGCCCCCCGAGUGGCCCCCGUGCUGGGAGCAGGGCCCCGCUGUGCUGGCACGGGGGGGGACCGGUCCCUCGGCUGCCCCCAGCCGCAUCCAGCUCCCCAGCCCCCUCGCAGCCCGGUUUAACCCCCCCCGGCUAUUUCCCACCGCGGAGGUGCAGGAGCGCAGCCGGGCGCUGCCGGCUGGGGACAGGGGCUGGCCCGGCUCGUGUCCCUUGGCCGUGCCCCCCCCGUGCCUCUGGCUGUGUCGUGCCUGGGCUUUGGCCGUAGCGUUCGGGGGGGAGCUGUGCCCCAUCUGUGCCCCCCCCCGCACCCUCCCAGCAGAGGCAGCGCAGCCGGGUCUGUAGUUGGGUCUUGCAAAUUAUGGUGCUCUCGAUUCUGGAUUCACUUUUGUUUUAAAACUGCUGCUAAAGAAUAUUGCUCUGGUGGGGGGCAGCGGGGCCCCGCGGAGGCCCGGGGCACCCCGCUCCCUCCGGGGGUCUGGGCCGCCGAGACCGUGCUGGGGUUGGCCCCAGGCACCCCAAAUUGCUUGGGGGGGGGGUGUCCAUUGCCAAAAGGGCUGCUGGGGGACCCGGGUCCCGGCCGCAGCUCUGCCCCCCCCAGUGCCGCUGCCCGGGCCCGCCGGGAGCACGCGUAGCUGGCCUUCGUGUGCGCAGGGCGCCUGCCAGCGCGGGGACCGCUCCGUCCCAGGCCCCCAGCUGCUGCCUCCCAGCUGGGGAGGGGACGGCGGACGCUUAGGGGACACGGCCGGGGUGACAGCCCUCGGCCUGGCCGCGAUUCGGGGUCCAAGGGGCUGUAAGAGGGGGGGUAACGGGGCCGGCGCGGGGAGGGCUGGUUGGCGGCGCGGUGUCCCGGCCCCUUCGGGUUGGCAUCCCGGCCCCCGCGGCAGGGCCGGCGCCAGCGGUCGCGCGGGGACGUACUGUACUGCGUGGGCUUGAGACUUUUAUUUUUGCAUACGUAAUCCAUCCUGUACAGGUAGUUGAGCCGUUGUAAGGUCUGUGUAUCCCAUUAGUGGGUUGUGGCUGCCCCUGUAAAUAAAACUGCAUCUUGACUUGGUA